AUGUCUCCGUCGUUGUCCCAACAAGUCUUCAAAGUGGACAUGCAGAGACACAGGAAAAGGAAAAAUCAAGCGGAUGAAUCCAAUGAACCUGAUUAUGAGCAGUCAGGAUGCGAAAAAUUCAAAACAACUGUUUUUAUCGCCAUCAUAGAUCAUCUCAUUGCUGAGCUGGAUAGGAGGUAUCACUCCUACAGAGAUAUUCAGCAGACAUUUGGAUUUUUGAGUGAGAUCCCAUCCAUCCCCCUACAAGAUCUUCGCACAGGAGCAGCUAAUCUGCAGAAGAAAUAUGCAGGUGAUCUAGAGGAGGAUUUUGUGGAUGAAAUUGGACAAUUCAGACAAUUUAUCAAAGAAAACAAGGACACCUCAGCAAAGGCACUGCUAGUUGAUCAGGUUGUUGAUUGUGGCCUGUGGGAUGUUGGUCCACUCCUCUUCAAUGGCUGUGUGAAGUUGCUGGAUAUUGGCAGGAACUGGAACACGCUGUCGUAUACGCUGAUCCAGAGCAUCCCAAACAUGCUCAAUGGAGCAGAAAUGUCUGAUGGUAUUAAUGAAGAUGUGAUCAGGACUGAGUCUGAGAGAAUGAACACAGACAGAAUGGAGAUGACAGUGGUAAUCUAUGAGAGUGCAGAAUGUGUGAGAGAUCAUGACUUCAGGACAGAGACAAACACACACCAACCACUUCAGCGUACAGGAGGUGAUUAUGUGAAGAUCAGAAGGUCCAGAGCAGCUGCAGUGUGUUUGGUGCUGCUGUGUGUUCUUCUGCUGACUGCAGUCAUAGUGCUGUGUGUCCACAUCCAUACAAAGAGCUCAAACUACACACCAGAGACAUACCAGCUACUAACUAACAUCACCAACCUCACACAAGAGAGAGACCAGCUACUAACCAUGAUUACCAACCUCUCAGAAGAGAGAGAUGAGCUGAAAAUAAAGAACAAAAACCUGACCAAUGAGAGAGAGCAGCUAAAAUUGGAGAAAAAUGAUCUUCAGAUGAGUCUUGGUAAACUGGAUGGAUGGCUUUACUAUCAAUCCAGUCUUUACUUCAUUUCCUCUGAGAAGAAGAACUGGGCUGAGAGCAGAAGAUACUGUACAGAGAGAGGAGCAGAUCUGAUCAUCAUAAACAACAGAGAGGAACAAGAAUUUGUCAAGAAACGUUUUGAUAAUUUCUGGAUUGGUCUGACUGACAGUGAUGUGGAGGGCAGAUGGAAAUGGGUUGAUGGCAGAGCACUGACCUCUGGGUGA